AUGCCCGCAUCACCAAAUACCAAGGCAUGCUGUGUGAAAGCCCACACAUACAAUCGAGAAGGUGAAAACCUUGAAUGCUGCCUCAAUCUUUCCUGUGCAUCUGGGAGACCAGACCACGACUGCAUUGAAAUUGUGAAUGAGGCCUUCUCCAGCUGUCUGGACAUAAGUGACCAACCACUUGAUCACCCAGAUGUGGAAUACUUCACCAAUGGGAGCAGUUUUGUUCAUCAAGGAGAAAGGCUAGCAGGCUAUGCAAUGGUUAAUUUCAAUGCCAUCCUCGAGACCAGAAAGUUACCCAAAGGAACCUCUGUUCAAAAGGCUGAACUCAUGCCCAUUACCCAUGCCCUACAACUGAUAGAAGAAGCAAACCAGUCGGUGGUGUCUGAGUUUGUUUUUCAGGGACUUUGCACCUCAAAGGAACUACAGAUCUUUCUAUUCCUGCCAUUUUCUACAAUCUACCUGAUGACUGUGGUGGGCAACCUUUUUGUUGUGAUAGUGAUCAUCACUGAUCACCGUCUGCAUUCUCCCAUGUACUUCUUGCUAGCUAAUCUCUCAUUUGUUGACUUCUGCCUUUCCUCAGUGACCACCCCUAAGCUGACCAUCGAUCUCCUACAGGACAACAGGACUAUUUCCUUUGGGGGCUGUAUGAUCCAGAUCCUCUGUGCUCAUUUCUUUGGAGGGGGUGAGAUUGUGCUUCUUGUGACAAUGGCUUAUGACUGUUAUGUGGCCAUCUGCAAGCCACUCCAUUACACCAGCAUCAUGGACAGACAGAAGUGCAUUGGACUAGUUUUGAUAUCAUGGGUCAUUGGCUUUUUACAUGCAAUGAGUCAACUGCCCAUGAUACUGGAACUGCCCUUUUGUGGACCCAGAGUAGUGGACAGCUUUUUCUGUGAUAUCCCUUUAGUGAUAAAAUUAGCCUGCAGGGAUACUGAUACCUUGGGAGUAGUGACAAAUGUUGACAGUGGUGUUUUAGCAACAACUUGCUUCAUUCUCUUGUUGAUUUCCUAUACUUACAUCCUGUUAACUGUCUACCUUCACUCUACAGAUGGUGCAUCAAAGGCAUUCUCUACUUGCACAUCCCACAUCAUAGUCGUGGUGCUGUUCUUUGGACCCUGCAUUUUCAUGUAUUUAUGGCCUGUCCCCAUCACUUGGGUGGAGAAGUUUCUUGCUGUGUUUAACACAGUGAUCACACCUCUCCUAAAUCCAGCCAUUUACACACUGAGAAAUAAAAAUAUUAAGAAUUGCAUAAAGAAAUUGAUAAAUCAGCAUGUGAAUACAAGUAAUAAUUGUUAG